AAGAGAGAGAAAAACUCUGCAAAGCUACCGAUCACUUUCAGAUUUGAAGUCCAGAAACCGGUAGAGAAGACCCCUUUGAGUCCACAUUAACAAACUUGUACGCAAACACUUCUUGUAUUCUCAUAAUUUAUCUUGUCUAGAAACACAAGAGAGGCUCAAGCUGAAUAAAGAAGGCUCUGAACUGUAUGUAAUAAACUAAAGAGAUAAAUAUCAUUAAAAAUGGCUCUACUUCUAUCUACCGCUUGCAUCUCCAAAUCUUUAACACAAACUAAUCCCAAAGCCUCCCCUUUUUCACUCACCAAAGCCUUUAACACAAAACAACCAAUUACAAGAGUUCGAAAGAUCUCUCCUUUACAUGUAGCAGCACCUCCCUCACAGUCAGCACCAUCUGUGCGAAAAGAAGAAGAAGAAGAAGAAGAGUAUGGGGUUGAUGAUGAGAGUGGAGAGGAGGUUAUUGAUUCUAAAUUCACUUGGAGAGACCAUUGGUACCCUGUUUCUUUACUUGAGGAUUUGGACCCUCUCUUGCCAACCCCAUUUCAGCUUCUGGGUCGUGACUUGGUUCUCUGGUUUGAUAAGGCUAAUCAGGAAUGGGUUGCUUUUGAUGAUAAAUGUCCUCACAGACUUGCCCCUUUAUCUGAAGGAAGGAUCGAUGAAAAUGGGCACCUGCAAUGUUCAUACCAUGGAUGGUCAUUUGAUGGUUGUGGGUCUUGCACACGAAUCCCUCAGGCUUUACCUGAAGGCCCUGAAGCUCGUGCAGUCAAGUCUCCAAGAGCUUGUGCUACCAGAUUUCCUACAAUGGUGUCCCAAGGUCUGCUCUUUGUUUGGCCAGAUGAGAAUGGUUGGGAAAGAGCUCAAGCCACCAAGCCUCCCAUGUUACCUGAUGACUUCAAUAAACCUGAGUUCUCAACGGUGACAAUUCAGCGUGAUUUGUUCUACGGUUAUGAUACCCUCAUGGAGAAUGUUUCUGAUCCUUCACACAUUGACUUUGCGCACCACAAGGUUACAGGAAGGAGAGAUAGAGCCAAGCCUUUGGAAUUUAAGUUGGAGUCUAGUGGCCCCUGGGGCUUUGCUGGAGCCAAUGAUGGGAACCCAAGGAUCACUGCUGAGUUUGUUGCACCUUGUUACUAUGUGAAUAAAGUGGAGAUAGACACAAAACUUCCCAUCGUUGGUGAUCAGAAAUGGAUAAUAUGGAUUUGUUCCUUCAAUGUGCCAAUGGCACCUGGGAAGACCCGUUCAAUUGUUUGCAGUGCUCGAAACUUCUUCCAGUUCACAAUGCCAGGGCCUGCAUGGUGGCAGGUGUUUCCAAGAUGGCAUGAGCAUUGGACUUCAAAUAAGGUAUAUGAUGGAGACAUGAUCGUCCUUCAGGGUCAAGAGAAGACAUUUCUUUCACAAUCCAUGGGAGGUUCUGCUGAUAUUAAUAAGCAGUACACAAAACUCACAUUCACACCCACUCAAGCAGAUCGGUUCGUUUUGGAAUUUCGUGGUUGGCUGAGGCGACAUGGCAACAGCAAACCUGAGUGGUUUGGGCUCACUGACAAACAACUUUUGCCAUCAGCAGUUUUAUCAAAACGUGAGAUGUUGGAUAGAUUUGAACAACACACAAAAAAGUGCUCAUCGUGUAAAAAGGCUUAUACAUCAUUCCAGACACUGCAAAAGUUUUUAAUAGGUGCAACCAUUGCUUUCUGUGCAACGGUUGGAAUUCCUUCGGAUGUUCAACUUCGAGUUGUUUUGGCUGCCCUUGCACUUGCCAGUGCCGGCUCGGCUUACGCUUUGAAUCAACUUGAAAAGAAUUUUGUGUUUGUUGAUUAUGUACAUGCUGAGAUUGAUUAGAGAGAAGAUAGUUUCUGUGACUUGGUACAUGCUGAAAUAUAGGUUUUGUAAAGUUUUGAUGGGUUGCAACUAUUUUUACUGCAAUGGAGGAAUUAUAUAUAAAGCUGUGUAGAAACUUUGCACACA